GAUACUUGCCCUCUUUGUCAAAGACAAACAGGAACGAAUCUACAAAGAAAGAAGAGGCUGUUGCACUAGUUGAUGCCGGUUGAUGCUAUCUAGUUCAUUUAUGCAACGGACCAAAUGACAAAUAAAUAUCGACUAAGUGUAAUAGGCGUUUUUUUAUUUUGUGUUUACACUGUUCAAGUUAUGUGUUUACACUGUCCACAUCAGUCUAUACAUAAAUGGCGAUAAGUAAUAUCCUCAGUUAUCUCUAUCUAUGAAAAAAUAUAGGACCGGAAAAGAUUCUUUAGUGCUAUGGCAAAGAUAGACUUCCUCAAGAUCUUCCUGACGUUGUUCGAGGUAAUCUUAGGCAUUUCGGCGACGACGCAUUGGGUCGUCACAGAGGAUGGUAGGAUCCAAUCACAGCUGGAUUCUGUGUUCCAACUGCAUCAACCGUAUGAUCUAUUCACUUUUUUGGAACAAGAAGGCUAUAGGAAUGCUAUAUCGGCUUUGUAUCGCCAAAUGGUUACUAAGAAAGCAGCAAUCGAUAGACAGUGGGCCAAUUUAGAAUCUGCUACUGAUGUGGAGUCUAGAUUAUUUUCCACUGAUCCUGAUUGUCUUUUAGCUAAGAAGAAAUUGGUAGAUAUUGAUCUUUAUGCGAGUAUAGUUACCAAUGGCAGUUUCAGAAGAGGAGUUGCGCAAAAAGAUUAUUUGCUGGAUGGUAUUCCAACAGAUGGUAAAAAAAAAGUCCCAGACUGUAAGAAGAUCUUUCCAUUGGAUUUCAGUUUGUACACUUUCGAACAUUUGAGUGCAAUGCGCAAUAGAAAAAAUCUUACUCAACAUCAAGAGAAGGGCUUGAUUAAGUAUCUGCCACCUGGAACUGAUUUAAAUAUGUUUGGUCAUCAGAUCGCUCAUGGUCUACUCCGAAACAAUACAUCCUGGUUACAUUUGAAUUUAGCUGCAAUAUAUUGGCGUGUUCAAGGAGAUUCUUACAAUGCACUGGAAUGUGGACGUAGAGCCAUAGUUACUGCACCAAUGCGUUAUCGUGACAUACCCCUCCUGACUACUGGUGGUAUUUUACAUGCAGCGAAACACUCAGGUGAAGCAGCGAUCAUUCUGCACGCUGCGAUCGAUUACGCUCCAACGCAGAGUCAUCAACAUCUCGCUUUAGGGCACGUUUAUGCUGUUCUGGGUGAUUUCAAUAGAUCCAUUGCGUGCUACGACAACUGUUUAAGGUUGGCGCCUACGAUGGAUCAGGCGCGACAGACAAAACAUGCAAUACUUUGCGAGAAGAAACUUGGAAAUUACUUAAGUUCUCUGUACUUGCAUCUACAGGAUUUGCUCACAGAUUUGGAUGCUUAUCUAAGUCAGCAGGAAGAGUGGCUUAAUCUAGAGAGACGCAUGGUGCGUGUGCAGGCUACCCAGUCUUCAUAUGUUAAGGCACAAAGUGCAACAUUUCAAAACGAUGGUCUCAAUUCCAUUCUGGCAAAUCGCGGACAGUCCUGCAUGCAACGCGGUGAUGGCGACUCCGUGUUAUCAUGUGACGUCGCCACUGGAAGUCAGACUCUCGCGCACAAUCUGCAAAUGGAUAUUACUGUUAGCCUUCGGUUACUGAAGGACGUGGAAAGUCAGGCGCAGAAGAUUAAUGAGCAUAUGAUCAAGUCUAAUAGUUUACAUGCAAACAAGCACCUUGUCAGUCAUUCGUCGGCGUACACAUUGGAACGUGGUCCAGAAUCUUUUACAAUGUUCAUGGGUCCCACUGGUAGACCAAAGUAUUAUGACCAUGAGAUAACUGUCGGAACCGAGGAAUAUGAGAAGGAAAACUGGCCGGAAAUAUCGGACUGUAAGCGGCGCUCUUUACUACUCUCCAGUAGUAAGCAAUACGUACCUGUUUACUUACCGCCAGAAAAUAAGGGCUUUGCAACGCAGUUAUUCGUCACUGAAUUAAUAGGGAUUAAUUCCGGCCAGGAACAUUCCUUGCCAUGGUAUCCACCUAAUUGUCAAACUCCAAAGUCUUUUGAUCAGAAAUAUAUUCCGCCAGCAUUACUGACGGCCUCCUUUGGCAAUCGUUUAGCCGAUUCGAGUCUCUCACAUAUUCUUAAUGGGUUGGUGAAGGACGCUGAGAUUACUGAGAUAGGUCAGCGAAUAUUAACAGCUACUAAAUCGAAAGUUGCCGCUCCAUGGGUUCUCUCGAUGCUAGCUUCGUUAUACUGGCGAAUUGCAGGAAAACCAAAAAACGCUCUGGAUUGCCUUCAGUUGGCUUUAGACACGGUACCAAAUAAAUUUAAAGAUGUACCUUUAGUCAGUAUUGCCUCAAUCAGUCACAAAGCUGGACUGAUCGAUGAUGCUCUAAAGAUUGUCGAGGAGGCAUGGAAUACAAAUUCGAUCGAGCCACACACCAAUUUUCUGAUCGGAUUGUUGCUGCACCUCAAGGGCAACAAUACUGGUGCGAUUUACCACUUAAAACAAACUCUUCGAGUCGAUCCACAUUGGAUGGACGGUGAAGGAUUGACGAUGUUGCGUGGUCUGGCCUGCCAAGAAAAAUUGAACAACAAUCAACCAGGGUCAUCUGGGAGCACAGUGACCUCAACGUAACGUGUGACCCUUAUGGAAACUCUGCUUAAGUGUGACAGUUAAGGGUUAAUAUUUGAGGUCACAGACUAUGAUAACGGAGACGUCACCUUAGACGAUCGUGGUGCGCGGCGGAACUGUUUACUGACGUAACAUAUAUGGACAUGAUAUUCAUGAGUCAGAGGAAAUUUUCGCAUGGUUCCAUCAGAGAUUUGGCUUCAUUUUCUACAAUAUUUUACCAAAGACCAACUUAUUCAUUUAGUGUAAGGAGAUAAGAGCCUGAUGCGUGUAGAGAAUUUACUUUCCGAUAAUUUAAAUAGUUAAAAAUUUUUUAGUUAUAUAAUAUUGAAUGCGAUAUAAAUAAAGCUGUGUCUUAUCUCAUUUUUACACAUUUUAUGUAAACAGAA